AUGUUUCGAUCUGGCUAUUGGGAUGACGAUCCCAUGAACGGAGUCAUGGGUGGCUCUAUGUUCCGCCAUGGAGCUGCUCGUCGCUUCGAUGAAUACUAUCGCUGCUAUCCUGUCGCCAUGAUGCCCGGCCCGGAGAGAGAGAACGUGAACCACGGCGGCAAGGUCAUCAUGCCGCCCAGCGCUCUUGACAAGCUCACUCGCCUUCAUAUCACGUAUCCGAUGCUGUUCGAGCUUCACAACGGCGCACGAGAAAGGUUGACGCACGCUGGUGUGCUAGAGUUCAUUGCGGAAGAGGGGAAGAUCUAUCUACCUUUCUGGCUCAUGCAAACCCUCCUUCUGGAACCCGGUGACCUCGUACAGGUCAAGUCAACCGAUCUCCCACCCGGUCAAUUUAUCAAGCUGCAAGCUCAAUCUACCUCGUUCCUCGAUAUAAGCGACCCGAAGGCCGUGCUGGAGAAUGCUUUCCGUAACUUCUCCUGCCUAACCAAGGGAGAUGUGUUCACAUUUGCAUACAAUGAUCAAGUUUACGAGAUGGCAGUCUUGGAAACCAAGCCAUCCACCGACACCAAUGCUGUUUCCGUGCUCGAGACAGAUCUAGAAGUGGACUUUGCGCCCCCGGUGGGCUAUGAGGAGCCUCAACGCCCCAGCGGCACCAGCACUCCUCGUAGUGGAGUGGGCAACAAGCUGCCCUCUGGUGGGCUGCUUCAUCCCCAUGGAACCAUGGCACAGGCGAUCAACUACGCUGCUAUUGCCCCGGAGUCGACUGAUGCCGCGGCUGGUGCCCGGGUGCUCUCGUCAAACUUCCUCACUGGAGGACAGCGUCUGAAUGCCAAGAAGGGAAGCAAAACAUCCACACCAAAACCGUCUACUCCCACCCCAGGGACGACGAACCCGCAGCAUCCCCCUCCUGUCAGAAAGACCAAUGGCCCGCAGCCUCUGCGGAUAGGCCACAACCAGCUAUUCUUUGGAUAUCCAAUCAAGCCAGUUAGGAAGCGCGACGAAAGCGGACAGGUACUCGAGGACAAGCCUCGGUUCCAGGGAGCUGGUCAAACAUUACGAGGCAAGAAGAAAGACACAAGUGGCUCGGCAACCCCUACUUAA